AUGUCCUGUUGUGUACCAAAUUGUAUUUUUCGAGACAAAUGUUUAAAACAAAGUCGUUUUCACUUUCCAAAAGACCUUGCGUUACGAUCUGAAUGGGAGAAAGCUUUAGGACUUAAUUUCCACCCUAAUUCUAGAGUUUGUCGCCAACACUUUAGAGACAGUGAUAUAAAUGAUUCAUGGGUUACUGG